UAGUUACAGGGCGCCUGCGCCAGAGUGCUUAGCAUCCGGCAGGGGCGCUGCUGUACUCUGUGGUGUCGCUCUUGUCAGAGAAGCUCGCCAAUGGUGUCCAUGUCGCGCCACUGAUGACAUCACUCCCACACGUGUGCCCAGCUCACACAUGGCUGCUGCCCGCAGUACGGAGAAGUUACAGGCGUCAGAGGUAUUCUUCAGCGCUAAUAGAGUGACUGUAGAGAGACUCGGAGCUGACAUCCUGGACACCCACAACUAAUGCAUGCGGCUGUCGCUGCCAGUGUACAGGAGAAAUGAAGGAGGACGUGGGGCGAAUUUUAAUUCAGUUUAAAAAUGAAAAUGGAGAGGUGCUGGGAUCCUCCUUUGAUGUGCCACUGGAUAUUACCCCCGAUAAACUGCAGCUGGUCUGCAAUGCUCUUAUACAGGAGGAGGAGCCAGUGCCACUAGCGUUUUUUGUCCAUGAUGUGGAGAUUGUGACGUCUUUGGAUAAAACUUUGGAUAAGCAGUCAGUAGAAACAGAGAAGGUCUUAGAUAUAAUCUAUCAGCCACAAGCUGUAUUCAAGGUUCGCGCUGUGACACGAUGCACCAGCUCUUUGGAGGGCCACACCGAAGCUGUUAUCUCUGUAGCUUUCAGCCCAACUGGAAAGUACUUGGCCAGUGGCUCAGGAGAUACAACUGUUCGUUUCUGGGACCUCAGCACAGAAACCCCUCAUUUUACUUCCAAGGGGCAUACACACUGGGUGCUCAGUAUUGCGUGGUCCCCAGAUGGGAAGAAACUUGCAUCGGGCUGUAAGAAUAGCCAGAUUUUCAUUUGGGACCCAAACACAGGAAAGCAGAUUGGCAAAACAUUAAUAGGACACUCUAAGUGGAUUACAUGGCUGUGCUGGGAACCUCUUCACUUAAACCCAGAGUGUAGAUACCUUGCCAGUGCCUCCAAAGACUGCAGCAUUCGUAUCUGGGAUACUGUCAUGAGCCAGUGUCAGAAGAUUCUUACCAGCCAUACACAGUCAGUGACUGCUGUUAAGUGGGGUGGAGAUGGCUUACUGUAUUCCUCUUCUCAGGAUAGAACCAUUAAAGUAUGGAGAGUCACUGAUGGAGUUCUAUGUCGCACUCUACAAGGUCAUGCACACUGGGUUAACACCAUGGCACUUAGCACAGACUACGUUCUUCGCACAGGGGCUUUCAAUCCAGCUGAAGCCUCCAUCAAUCCCCAAGACAUGCGUGGCUCCUUGGAGGAUCUGAAGGAGAAAGCUUUGCAGAGAUACAAUCAAGUUCGGGGGCAAGCUCCUGAGAGACUUGUGUCUGGCUCUGAUGACUUCACACUCUUCCUUUGGGCCCCAGCUGAGGAUAAGAAGCCUUUGCAGAGAAUGACUGGACAUCAGGCUCUCAUCAAUGAAGUUCUCUUUUCUCCUGACACUAGAGUCAUUGCUAGUGCCUCUUUUGACAAAUCAGUAAAGCUGUGGGAUGGUAAAACCGGAAAGUACAUUACUUCUUUGCGUGGUCACGUGUCUGCGGUCUAUCAGAUUGCCUGGUCAGCAGAUAGCAGACUUUUGGUCAGUGGGAGUAGUGAUAGCACACUCAAAGUCUGGGAUACAAAAACCAAGAAGCUGUCUGUGGAUCUCCCAGGACAUGCAGAUGAGGUUUUUGCUGUUGAUUGGAGCCCAGAUGGGCAGAGAGUAGCCAGCGGAGGAAAGGAUAAAUGCUUAAGGAUAUGGAGACGGUAAGUCCAGUCAAAUGACUUGCUUGCGAGAAUGAAUGACACUUUCAUUAUGAAGAUGGGAGUUUGUGUGAACACGACCUAAAGCAGAGGACAUUUUACUGUUAACAUUUCUACAGACCCAUUGCAAAUGGGCAAAUCUGUUUAUGUUGACCUAAAUACAACCGGAAAUGUGACUCUGAUAAGAGUUUUCAGAAGAGAACGGAGUAAGAGUUGAUCUUUGGAUUGAGGAAAACGGCACAGAAAACAUUGUGCAGACAGCACAUCACAGAUUUGUACUAUAUAAACAUAAUUGAUGUUGUUUUUCUUCUCCUUUCUAUAUUAAAUGCCUUAUGGUUAUCAACUUAGAA